AAUUGAUUAACGUUUAACGUUGCAGCAAAAAACUUGAUUCUAUCAGUUCUCACAGCUGAUCCAUUUCUCUUCGUCGACGAACAAGCACCCCGCACUCUGUAGCACCGUCCAGUAUUGUCAGCCAAGCGUGCUUGUUCUCGGGCAAGCAGUGAAAAAGGUGUGUGAUUGUUGUACUUCUUCCCUCUUCAUUUUGAUUACUAGCGACGUGUAUGAUUUUUUGAAUACUAGCGACUUGUUUGCUGUGUUCGAAAUUCGCAGUGCGUUGUGAGAGAGAUGGGGGGAGGCCAUGGCGAGGGCACAACCUACAAAGGUAUGACAGUGCAUGCUCCGAAGCGUUGGCAUGUCGUCACCGGCAAGGGGCUUUGUGCUGUUAUGUGGUUCUGGGUAUUGUACAGGGCAAAGCAAGAUGGUCCUGUAGUAUUGGGCUGGAGACAUCCUUGGGAGGGUCAUGAUGACAAGGGCCACGGACAUUAAAAUUAGCAAGCACUAACAUGGAGAUUAUGCACAAGAUAAGCUGAAGGAUCUGCGGUUGGGCCUUCAAAUGUUCACUUUGUUCAAUUCCUCCAACAAGUCUGCUGUAAAAGGGUUUUUCCUUUUUGGACGAUUUCCUGAACAUAUGCUAUGUUAUAAUUAUAACUCUGCUGUCGUUGUUUAAAUAAAGUGUUCAUGCCUUCUGUUUUUAA